AUGGCUGCUUCUCACCCUCAUCUAGAUGCUCUGCAACGUGAUGGUUUUGUGGUCGUGAAGAAUCUCCUAUCUCCCUCUGAAGUCGAUCAUUAUCGUAGCAUCGCUGCGACAGCUACAUCCAAGACGCGAACCGGCUCAUGGCCGUUCUUUCGCACCGUUCCCAAACAAUUCCCGCCAUGGCCUACAAAUGUACCCCCGCCAGCCGCGGAAGGUGGAAUAUGGGGAGUGCAGCACUUGCUCCACCCGGAGAUGCCCGGACGUGACGAAUUUGCCAAAUGCUACUUUUCCGAGGCCAUUCUCGACAUUGCCAGUGAAUUGAUGGGCGUUGCCUCGUCCAAUCCAAGCCCAGGCGCGGCCGCCAGUGAUGAGGAGCCUCUUGUGAUGGAGCUAUUCAAUCUGCUCGUUGCACCCGAGACCCGAGAUUUUGAACUCCGUUGGCAUCGAGACGAUAUUUCAGAUCAAUUAUCUACCGAUGAGGAACUGCAGCAACUGGCAGCCAAAUCGCCUGGUGGCCGACAGAGUCACGCGCAGUAUAACUUGGCGCUGUGUCCUGAUGCGUCACUGAUCGUCAUCCCCGGAUCGCACCGUCGUGCACGCACUGCGAUUGAGCGCAGUGCAGAUCCAUAUGAAGCGGUGCUCCCGGAUCAACUGGUUGUGCAGCUGCAGCCCGGUGAUGCAGUCUUCUACGACAGCAAUAUCCUCCACCGGGGCGUAUACAAGGGCAAAACCGAGAGCGGAGAGGAGACCCGGUUAACAUUGCAUGGAAGUCUCGGGCUCAAGGCGUCUGAUGCUGCAGAUGCGGAGACCAAGAAAGUCAGAGCGACAGCGGUGUUACAGCAUGGCGUGGGGACUUGGGUAAAUCGAAAAGAUGCGGCGUUCGGUCUGGGCGAAAGGCCGGAGAAAAUGAGAGCUAACUUGAUAUCCAUGGGCAGUGGAGAGGGGGUGGGUUAUUCUUUGCAAGGUUGA